AUAAAUAGUAUUUAUCAAUAAAUUCUCGUUUUUAAACAAGAUUACUCCUUGUACGUUUCUUUCUUCUUGCUUUGCGUUUUAGCUUAAUUAACAUUCAAUCCAUUCAUUCAUAACUUCAAUUAUUAUGACUUUUCGACGACUUUCUAAAUUACGAUUAAAAAAAACGGUGUUGGACAAUACACGCUUCUUUUGAAGAGAAUAAAUAAUAAUGCCAUAUAGAGGAAAAUUGAUUAAUUGCAGACUGAGAAAACAGAUCCCGAAUGGCGGUGUAAACAAUAUGAGUCAGUUUGCAGCCUUUCAAUUUGCCACACAAAUGGCUGCAAGUGAUGGUGGAUCCACAAGCCAAGCUAUCGACUGGGCGCAACUCGCUCAACAAUGGAUACAGAUGCGCGAUAGCAACAUAAAUCAAUCGUCGGAAGACACAACAACAAUCGCUAAUAAACACUCAGGAAAUGCGGUCGUCGCAGCGGGAUAUGAAGAAAAAGGUGAAGCCGAUAUGGAUAUGGAAGAUGAUGAACAAAAUGAUGCAAAAUCUUCAGUAGCAAUUUGUGAUUUUGUCAGAGCUUCAUCGAGCCAAUCCCACUCUGAAACAUCUACUUCACCACAGAAUCUGAUACAAAAUCCAAAUUUGGGUCAACCAUGGUACAUGCAACAGUGCUCGUUGUCGAAUUUGGGACCUAGCGGAUCGCAAAUCGGUGUAGGGACGACAGCACAGCCUCCUUGGAAUAUAUGGCAAACAACGACGCCAGCAACACCAACUAUAUCAAACCCCGUCUUAUCCGUAAAAGCGACAAAGACUUCUACGUCCCAUAUUCCUUCGCUUUUAGAGAUAACCGUGCCAAGUCACAGUGAAAUUAAAGCUAUGCCGGAUACGCCAAAUGAAUCUGAAUCUUCUUUAGAUGCAGCGAAACGCAAAAUUUUACCAGCUUGGUUAAGAGAAGGCCUGGAAAAAAUGGAAAGAGAAAAACAAAAACAACUUGAAAGACAACAAAAGCACAAAGAGUUAAGUUUAGAUAAUAAGGAACUGAAUAAAGAUAUAACGGUAAAUCCCUUAAAAACUAAAAUAUCGGACGUUGUCGAGGAAGGCGACGAAGAAAGUUCAGGUAACGAGGCUUUCCCCGUUCCUCUCGAUCUUGUAGAUAAUCAAGGAAGCACCCGUUUUGCGGAUAAAGCAAUACCUGCAUUAGCAACAAGGGAAGAGGGUAAAAGCUUUGAACAAAAACUAGAAGAAUUGAUGAUAGUUGUACGGCGUACGCUUACCGAACUGCUUUUGGAAGUUACCAAUAACGAAAUAUCGCAAGUGGCUAACGACACACUUAAAGCAUACAAAUCAAAAGCGUCAUCAGCUCAGGUGAUCGGCAAAAGUGCUUUAGCUUCUAUAACCGGAAAAUUGGGUUUAGCAGCUUAUGGAGACAGUUCAAGCGAUGAAAAUUCGGAUACCGAUGACCAAGAAAUUAAUGCUCAUAAAUCAACUGAAAACUCCGAGAGCGACUAUAAUUCCGAAGAGGAAAUUAAAAAUGAAAUACGCUCUAAAAAACUUCAAUUUGCAAAAAUCUCCGAUGAUAUAGAGGAACGUGUUGCAAUGGCCGCAUCCCGGGAAGAAGAGAAAGUCAGAUAUUAUACCGGUUUAGAAGAGCAAAAUGCUAGACAUAGAUCGGAACAUACGGAAGAUUAUGAAGAUAAUCGUGAACGUAAAGUAUCAUCGUCUGGUUCCGUUGCAAAAGAUGGUAAAAAUUAUGAGCGAGAAUUUGGUGAGACAACUGAAUCAAAGUUACAUCAUUCAAACGGUAAACGGCAUAGAGAACGAAGUGCCAGAAAGGAACGUACAACUCGCUUUAGCGAUAACAAAGAUAAUAAAGCUGUAUCACUAACGGCAGCCACCUGUUCAUAUAUAAGUCAACUACAAACAAAUAGUCAACCGAAACUGCCCGCAUUAUCCGCAAAUUCGAUGACUGCAGAUCCGAAUGGUCUAAUUCCUAAUGCAGCGAGUGUGUCAAAUUUAUUGAAUACGGCCGGCAAUAUUUUAGAAGAGGCUGCUAAACUAAAAUAUGAACACAAAUCUGCGAGGAAACGGCAACGACGAGAAUAUGAAAAAGAGAAGCGUGUUUCAUCACGCUCUGCUUCUUCGUCUUCAAAGUCGAGCUCUUCCUCUUCAGAUUCUUCAAAACAUUCAAAAUAUAGCAACAGUUCAACUAUAAAACGCAAAUUGCACAAGCAUUCAAAAAGCAUAUCGUCAAAAUCAACGACGCAUGAUAAUAAAGAAAGACGGCGUGAUGAUAGGCGAUCGCAUUCAUCUUCCCACUCGCGUCGAGAGCGAGACUCUAGCGGCCGUCAUCGCUAUAAUGAUAGUGUUAGGCGUCGCCGUCGCCACCAUUCGAGCGAUUCUGACGAUGAAUAUCGUUAUUCCUCUCACUCUCACUCCCAUUCUCAUAGCCAUUCUUCUUCGAAGCGUGAUCGUUCACGAUCCCGUUCGAAAUCCUUUUAUUCCUCUUCUAGCAAAAAUAGGCAUUAAUUUUCCCACUUUAGCAAUCCUCCUUUGUGUUCCUUUUUCAUCUCUUUUAAAAUUUCGUGUAAUUAUCAAAUUUAUAAGAAAUGUAAAAGGUAUGGUGAUAGAUUUUUUAGAUUUGGCGUUUUUUAAAAAAAAAAAUUAUUAGGAAUUGCUUUAGAGUUUUUUGUUUCGGAAUUUUUUUUUUUUUUUAAAUUUUAGAAAAUCUAACAUUUUUCAUGAAAACUGCGUACGCUCCUUUCCUCGUUGAGGCAUAUAUAUACUACAAAUUUUAAAAAGAAUAAAUUAUAUCUUUGAA